AAGCGAGAGGCCGCGCUGUAUGUGCAGCCGUGCAACGCAGCAAAGUGUGGGCGCGCCGCGCGCCAUCGCUCCACUUGUAAAGGCGGCAGCGGAGGGAGGACGCCGCACUGUGCCGGCACCUACCUGAGAGCGACCUCCAUCUUCCCCGCCCUCGCUCGCUCGCUCCAACUCCAAGCAGCUCAGGCCUCUGGCCUCCUCGCACUGCUUGCUGGCUGGCAUCUUUUAUAUCCCCGGCCUCACCUGCAGUCCUGCUGGUCUCUCCUUCUUUCCCACCCUGCCUGCGCCCUGCCACCAUCGUAUCUCGGCUUCUACCACACAACGAUAGCUAGAUCGAUCAUCGUCGAGGACGACGACGUUGAUCGGUGGCGGCGGCGCAGCGCGGCCGCGACCGACGACAUCGACGGGGUUAAGCAGCUAGCUAGCGCGGCCGGCAUGGCGAAGCAGUCGUGCUGCCACAAGAAGAAGCUGAGGAGAGGGCUCUGGUCGCCCGAGGAGGACGAGAAGCUCAUGAACCACAUUGCCAAGUACGGCCACGGCUGCUGGAGCUCCGUCCCGAAGCUCGCAGGCCUUGAGAGGUGUGGCAAGAGCUGCCGGCUGAGGUGGAUAAACUACCUGAGGCCCGACCUCAAGCGAGGCACAUUCUCGCAGGAGGAGGAGGACCUCAUCAUACACCUCCACUCCUUGCUGGGAAACAAGUGGUCUCAGAUUGCGGCGCAGCUGCCCGGCCGGACGGACAACGAGGUCAAGAACUUCUGGAACUCGUACAUCAAGAAGAGGCUCAGGGAGCGCGGCAUCGACCCGGCCACCCACCAGCCGCUCGCCGAGCCCGCCGCCACCGCCGCCGCCUGCCGCGCGGUGUUCGGGGACGUGGUCGACCUCAUCCCGGCGACGGCGCCACUCCAGGCGCCGCUCGCGGACCCAAUGCCGCUGGACGGCGUCAAGCUCCCGCUGGACUGGCCCGUCGCCGGCGCCCCCGCGCCGCCGCCAUCAAGGUCGUCGUGCUACCUGCAGGGGGGCUGCUUCGACAUGGACGCGCUGCAGCAGCAGCAGCACUGCGGCGGCGGCGGCGGCGCCUUUCCGGCGCCGGUCGUCCCGUCGGCGUCCAGCUCCAGCACGCUCACCUCGAUGGCAGAGGCCGAGCACUGCAACAACGCCGACGUCGCCGGCGCCGGCCUCCCGUGGCUGGAGCUCGGGCCGAACGCCGUGCCCGACGCCGCCGGCCACGUCGACAGCUACGCCGGCGCGCUGGACGAGCUCCGGUGGUCGGAGUACUUCGACGGCGCCUUCCAGGCCGCCGCGAGCCAGCAAGGCGCCCUGCAGGCCGCGGGGCAGUGCGUCUACAGCGGCAAGGACGACGACGUCGCGGUGCACUUCGACGUCCAUGGGCUUAGCAACUGGUGCUAAUCCAUCGCUCAAGAACCCGCCACCAAAGAAGAAACAGUUCGUCACUGCGAAUUAUUACUGAGAUGCAAAUUACUACGAGCAUUUCACCUGGUGUUACUUAUCCCCCCCCCCCCCCCCCCCCCCCACCUUCUUCUUGAUUGUCUUGUGGCUGUUGAUAUGAUCAGAGAAUUCGUUUCUUGUGAUGAUUACGUAAAGAUUGAAGUGUUACCACACAUGUAAAGUACUACAUAUAUACUAUACGAUGGUAAUUAGUAAAUACUGCAGAGAGAGGGAGAAAGAGAUGAAUGGGCAGAAGGUUAAAUAAAAUGAGAAUUAUUAUUAUGUGGAUUA